AUGGCCCUGGCCAACCUCACGACGGCCCCAGAAUUCCUCCUCCUCGGCCUGGUGGAUGGAACAGACAUCCACCCGCUGCUCUUCCUGCUCUUCCUCGGCGUCUACCUGCUCAAUGCCUUGGGCAACCUGGCCAUGGUGGUGGUGGUGAGGUCGGAUGGGGCCCUCCGCUCCCCCAUGUACUAUUUCCUGGGUCACCUGAGCCUCGUGGACGUCUGCUUUACCACUGUCACCGUCCCCAGACUGCUGGCCGGCUUGCUCCACCCGCGCCAGGCCGUGUCCUUCCAGGGAUGCUUUUCCCAGAUGUACUUCUUCGUGGCUCUGGGCAUCACCGAGAGCUACCUGCUGGCAGCCAUGUCCUACGACCGCGCGGUGGCCGUCUGCCGCCCCCUGCACUACUGCGCGGUCAUGACGCCCCGGCGCUGCGCGGCGCUGGUGACCACGUCCUGGGCCGUGGCCCACCUGCACUCGCUGCUGCACACGCUGCUCAUCUCGGCGCUCUCCUACCCGUGCCCCGCCCCUGUGCGCCACUUCUUCUGUGACAUGACGGUGAUGCUGAGCUUGGCGACCUCGGACACGGCGACCGCGGAGGCUGCCAUCUUCUCCGAGGGCCUGGCUGUGGUGCUCACCCCGCUGCUCCUCGUGUCGCUGUCUUACGCGCGCAUCCUCGUCGCGGUGCUGGGAGUGCGGGCGGCCGGGGGCCGGCGCCGCGCCUUCGCCACCUGCGGGGCCCACCUGGUGGUGGUGUCGCUUUUCUUCGGCUCUGUCCUCUCCGUCUAUUUCCGGCCGUCCUCCGCCUACUCAGCCCGCUAUGACCGCCUGGCCAGCGUGGUCUAUGCUGUGCUCACACCGACCUUGAACCCUUUCAUCUACAGCCUUCGCAACAAGGAGGUCAAGGGCGCCCUGAAAAGGGGACUCAGAUGGAGGGCUGCACCCCAAGAGGUGUGA